AUAUAUAUAUAUAUAUAUAUAUAUAUGAGUGUGUGUGUGUCAGUGUUCAUUCUCUGAGUAUGUGGAUGUGCUGCUCGCUCGGUCAGCUCUCUCUGGCCGGCAGGGUUGCAGCGAUGUGAUCGGCGUCUGCCGCGGCUGCUCUGACCCACAUCACCUGUUCCCUUCCCCCAGGGUCUGCCUCCUGAAUCGGACCUGCGCUGGAGCUCCGCUCCUGGACCAGAAGUCCUCACUCACUCACUCUCUAACUGGACCUCUGGCGAAUCUGUGAGUGUGUGUGUGCCAUUGCGAGUGUCUGAAAGAAAAGAAAAAAAAGGACAAAAAAAAGAGAACUCACAUCCAGUCGGAACCAUGGACUACCUCUGUCGGAUUUUACUACUGCUGACCGCAACGGUGCUACUGGGCAGGACAGACGCCCUGCCAGCCAAGAGUAACGUUCCUCGCCUGAAGCUGUCCUAUAAAGACAUGCUGGAGUCCAACUACCUGGUCACCUUGAGUGGACUGACCAACAGCUCAGCCUAUCACACCUUCCUGCUGGACGAGGAGAGGGGCCGUCUGUUUGUGGGAGCCAAAGAUUACAUCUUCUCGUUCGACCUGGUGGACAUCACUAUGAACAAUCAAUCGAUAUCAUGGCCUCCGUCUCCAGCACGAAGAGAUGAGUGCAAGUGGGCUGGCAAGGACGUACAGAAGGAGUGCGCCAACUUCGUUAAGGUGCUGCAUCCGUAUAACAGCACCCACCUGUAUGCCUGUGGCACCGGAGCCUUCCACCCUGUGUGCGCCUACAUAGGGGUGGGCAAACGACCUGAGGACAAAAUCUUUCGGCUGGAGUCUUCACUCAUGGAGAAUGGCCGUGGGAAGAGUCCAUACGACCCGAAACUGCUGACUGCAUCACUGCUGAUUGAUGGCGAGCUCUAUGCAGGAACAUCAGCGGAUUUCAUGGGGCGGGACUUUGCUAUUUUCCGAACUUUGGGAGAACAUCAUCCAAUUAGAACUGAACAACACGACUCAAGAUGGCUGAAUGAUCCCCGGUUCGUCGGCGUCCACCUCAUCUCGGAGAGUGAUAACCCCGAGGAUGACAAGAUCUACCUGUUCUUCCGUGAGAAUGCCAUUGAUGGAGAACACGCCGGCAAAGCCACUCACGCCAGGAUUGGCCAGCUGUGUAAGAAUGACUUCGGAGGCCACAGAAGUUUAGUAAACAAGUGGACAACAUUCCUCAAAGCACGGCUGGUGUGUUCUGUUCCGGGCUUCAACGGCAUCGACACACACUUUGAUGAGCUGCAGGAUGUUUUCCUUAUGAGUUCCAAGGACCCUAAGAACCCAGUCAUCUAUGCUGUUUUCACAACAUCCAGUAACAUCUUCAAAGGCUCAGCUGUGUGUAUGUACAACAUGGCAGAUGUACGUAGAGUGUUCUUGGGCCCCUAUGCCCACAGAGACGGACCCAACUACCAGUGGGUUCCCUUCCUGGGACGCGUGCCCUAUCCUCGACCUGGAACAUGCCCAAGCAAAACCUUUGGAGGGUUCGAUUCCACCAAAGACCUGCCGGAUGAUGUCAUCACAUUUGCCAGAAGCCACCCAGCCAUGUACAACCCUGUCUAUCCAAUCAACAACCGACCAAUCAUCAUCAAGACAGACGUGGACUACCAGUUCACCCAGAUAGUAGUGGACCGAGUGGAGGCAGAGGACGGGCAGUAUGACGUCAUGUUCAUUGGCACAGAUAUUGGCACCGUUCUUAAAGUAGUGUCGAUACCCAGGGGGACCUGGCAUGACCUGGAGGAGGUUCUGCUUGAGGAGAUGACUGUGUUCAGGGAACCAACUGUCAUUACCGCCAUGGAACUCUCUACCAAACAGCAACAGCUGUACCUGGGCUCAACGGCGGGUGUGUCGCAGAUGCCCCUGCACCGAUGCGACGUGUACGGGAAAGCCUGCGCCGAGUGCUGCCUGGCCAGAGACCCCUACUGUGCCUGGGACGGUAGUCAGUGCUCACGCUACUUCCCCACAGCCAAGAGGAGGACUCGUCGUCAGGACAUCAGAAAUGGAGAUCCUCUGACCCAGUGCUCUGACCUACAGCAUGAAGAUGAACUGCAGGGCCGCAGCGUGCUGCUGGAUAAGACCGUGUACGGUGUGGAGAACAGCAGCACCUUCCUGGAGUGCAGCCCCAAGUCCCAACGAGCCCUCACCUACUGGCAGUACCAGAGACAAGGGGAGGACCGCAAGCAGGAGAUAAAAUGGGACGACCGCGUUCUGGCCACUGAGCAGGGCCUCCUGAUCCGCAGCCUGCAGCCACGUGACUCCGGAAUCUUCUACUGCCACGCCGUCGAGCACGGCUUCAUGCAGACGCUAUUGCGCCUCACGCUGCAGGUCAUCGCCGCCGACCACCUGGACGAGCUGCUGCACCGCGACAACGACCCCGCGCUCGUCCCGCAGGGCGACAACCCCGGCGGCAACAGCGGCGCCAACCCCCUGGGCAGCUCGCCCAACCAGAAGGUCUGGUACCGGGACUUCCUGUCUCUGAUCAACCACCCCAACCUGAACAGCGUGGACGACUUCUGCGAGCAGGUGUGGAAGCGGGAGCGCAAGCAGCGCCGGCAGAAGGCGCAAAUGCUGCAGGCCAGCCAGCAGCACGCCAGCAAGUGGAAAAUGCUGCAGGACAACAAGAAGGGCCGCAACCGCAGGACCCACGAGCAGCAGCGGGCGCCUCGGAGCGUCUGAGCUACUGCCUGACUGAAAAUGCAAACAAACAAACAAACAAUCAAAACAUGAGAAUAUUAUUGAUGAUGUUGAUAGUGAUGAAGACAUCUUCCUUUCCCUUUCGCGUCUGACCGAGAAGAAAAAAAUUCAUAAAAAAAGAAAAGAAAGAAGCUCAAACUGGAAGCGAACAUGCAAUAUUCUUCUUGUUGGUGUGUAUGGGGUAAAGUGUAUAGGUGUUUGUGUGUGUGUGUGUGUGUGUGUGUGUGAGAGAGAGAGAGACUUUGAGACUUUGAGUGGGUCUGUAUGCGUGUAUGUUCACUAGCAUGUGUGUGUGUGAAUGAAUGCGUUUGCAUGGGAUGGGAUGUAUUCGUGGUUGUAUCCUGAACGGACAUUUACUUGAGCAUGCUACUCAAGUUUUGCCCAGUUUACACUGAGCACCAGGGAAAGACUUUUUGGACCGAAAAUGUGGACUUGGACUUCCUGUAAAUACCAUAACAAUGAAAAAAAAAAAACGUCUAAAAAAAGGAAAUGUAUGUGAAAAAUUGUUUGCCAUUUAGUCUGUAGUUAUUAUUCCAUCUGUGACAUGCCCAGGUACAAUUACAGUUGAUGUAAACGCAACCACUAUUUAAUGUGUUUAACCCAUGUUGGACUGUAGUAGAGAUAACUCAGCCCUUACCUUACAUGGAGCAGCGAUUCAUCUCUCUAAUACUGUCUGUAACGUCACACAUAAAUACGCAGGAGGGGACAGAGCUGGUGAUACAGUCCCAGACUGAUUUUACUGCAAGCAAAAUGUCAUCUAUUAGGAACUCCAGACUGCGGCCUGGACGGUUAGUUCGCUGUGGCGCUGCAAUGGACGAGCUCCGCCAUGUUUUCCCUCUCGCCCGGGAGGUCUACGAUAAGAGUGCAGCGGUUCAGAAGUUCAUCCGUGCCACGGAGUUGUUUGCCCGGGCCCUUUUCGUGCCCGCUGUCCACACAAACACUGGCGCAGCGCGCUUUUCUCCCAUCCCUGAAAAGAAACCCCUCUCCUGAUCAAAAAAGGAAAAGACCCUGGGCUCGCCUGUUGAAAUAAGCUCCUUACGAGACACAGACGAGAAUUGCUUCCUGGAAAGAAAUAUUUAAUUUUGUUCAUUGUUUGUCUUACUUGUGUCAGAUUCUUUUUUUUUUAUCCUAGAUAUGUUCUCCAGCAUAGGCGAGAGUUUAUUUUAUUUUUUAUUGUUAUUUUUAUUUCUCUCAAACUGAUUAUUAAGGAAUUGCGAGACAUAUUUUUACACGAAAGCUCCCUGUAUUUAAAUAUUUAAACCUUCCCUUGGUGUAAGUUAUUUCUUUGAUUUCCAUAACAUCUCUAAUGACAUGCUAUCCAUAACAAAACCCAGUGUUCAUAUGGUGUGUCCAUAAAUAUACUAACAUCAGUAUCAACAUAGUUUUGGUGUGAGUGUAGUUAUCACAGAUAUUGUAAACAAAUACUGUCUUAUAGCAUGUUUACAAGAACUUCAUUUUAGAUGGUAAAUGGUGAACAUUCGCAAGGAAAUCUGGAUACUUGGUACCUCCAACCCCUCUUAAUGUAAUGGCACCCCCAAAUACUCAAAACUGUAUCUAAUCCAUACAUCUAAUUCAUAGAAUGUGGUGUUGCUUUACCUUGCAUCAAUAUGGAGUGAAAAUACAGUGUCCUUUUUGUACUUGUACUCCUUUUAUGGUGAACAACAGUAUAGUUAGAGUGAACGUUCACCAGCAGAUAAAAAAAACAGCCCAUCCCUCUCUUUUUUUGUAUUAUUUUCUCUGCGUUAUGUUUGUGGGGCACAGCUGAGAAGGAGGUGAGGUCCUGAGUGCACCACUCUGCCCCAGAGGAGCUUACGUAAGAGCCUGUGUCAUUGAGCUCGCUCUUGUGCAGCAGGACCACAGACAAAGAAACAACACAUCUGCCAUGGCUCUGCUAAGGUUGAGGGAGGGGGUCGGAGAGAGGGAGCGUGAUGUUUGUGGUGAUUAAACUGGUGAAGAAGAGGUAUUGUUUAUCUCCUCUGAUAAAUGUGUUUGCAAUUUGGGACGGUUCAUGCAUUCCCCUUACUGAAGUCUUUUUUUUUUUUUUGUCUGUUAUGAAGUUCAUUACAAUAGACAGCUGGAGAUAACAGUGAACAGAGGACAAACACGCACAGGCCUACACAGACUCUCAUACACAGACACAUAUGCAAACACACCCACCAGGACUCAUUUCAAUAAAACACUCUGACACAACCUGCCCUGAAGUAGAACUCUGGAAACUGACUGUUAACGAGACAGAAAAAAAAGAACGAAGAAAAAAAAAAAUGUGUCAGAAAAAUAAAAGAGGAAAAAAAAAAACAAGUCCUGGUCCAUAAUGUAAACCACUGUGCGCAAACUGCAUGUGAACGCCUUGUGUCGGUGCACCAGCUUUCCCUGUAACGUUGCUACCUGUUUCUAUCGUGAGUGUUUCAUUUCUCCGUCAUGUCCGGACGGCCAGUGCUUCUCCAGGCCCUGUCCCAGGUGUAUAUAUUUGUAUUCUUAAGAGUAUGACAAUGGUGCAGGCUCAGCUACUCUCUGCACUGGUAUCUAGAGGUACACUCGCCCACUGUGUUGUGCGUCACCUUUGGUCAGACGAGACAAAUGGAAAGAAUACUUCAUCCCAUUGAAUGACAACUGUUAUAAUGUUACAAUGCAAUGAUAAACGCAACAGCUUAUGGUUUAAAAAUAAAAAUAAAAAAAACAAGAUACUGUGUUCACGGAAUACACUUAAAACUGGCAUGAUCUCUGUCUCUCUGGGAAUAAGAGAAGGAGAGAUUGAUAGAAACCGAUUAAAAGAGAGGAUGAGAUGGAGAGAAAUGGAGGUAAAAACUGCUGCUGUAAAUGAUCGUUUCUGGCAUGUACUCUGUUGUGCAAAUAAACAUUUCUUCUAUAAA